AUGGUAGAAGGCCCAUGGCGGUCUACUGAAGUUUGUUACGAUCGUUACGCCUACCCUACCAGCUACACUGAUCAGCACCUGUACAGGUAUCGUUUGCCAUCUGGGCAUUCUCAUUGUCAACGACCACAUCACCCUCCAGCGCAAAUGAUGUUACGUACCAGACAGUUUCCCGAGGUCGCCGGUAUCUACGGCUGCGAAGAGCAACCUGCACUACGCCGAUUUACUCGUUAUAAUCACAGCAUGAUGGAAGCUCCUGUAGUGUCCGCACCGCCCCCGCCGAGUUCCUUCUCAAAAAAGUUGGUCCUAAUUGACGAGUUGUUUUGA